AUGAAGAUCACCACACCCGAAGAAAGAGAAGCGCAUGGGGCACAUGUUGCAGCUGAAAGUAUUAAAGGGACCUUAAUUGGGGGCUUAACGUCAAGUGCGAUUUAUCUUUACAUUAGGAGGUACCGUCCCGCACAAUUCAGAUCGUUCAGUACCAGCGUAAAGGCAUGCCUACUAAUUUUACCAACUAUUGGGUUAUGUUCGUUCUGGGCCGAGGAAGGUUCACGGGAGUUUGAUAUGAAAAUGCACUCGGAACUCGGAAGCGAUCUAAAGCUUCUACAAGAAUAUCAGGAUUGGAAACACAAGUCAAUUGGUGAGCAAGUAAAGCUUAGCUUGCUCGAUAACAAGUUCAAGAUCCUCUUUGGUUUGUAUGGUGCAUCAUUUUUCGCGGUACAGGAACUUUCCAGAGGGAAGAUAGGCCCUGAAGCUCAGGCAUUAGCAAGAAGGAACUAUUCCUUGGGAUUUGCAGCAAUUUUCUUAAGUAUUUUAAUUGGGUUGUCUAGACCCGAAAAGGAAGCGCCCAGCGAUGAGUGGAAGAAGUAUUUGAAGAAGAAACAGUAA